GAAGCCAGCGUAAAGAGGGGGGAAGACGAGCGCGUUGAAUGUAUGUAGACUUGGCCGCGCCUGCCCCCACGUACGUACGUACGUUCGUCUUGUCUUUCCUUCCUUCCUUCCUUCCUUCCCACCUCCCGUUUGCAAAGAGGCGGCAGGUUUGGGUGCAAUGUAAAAACAGCGGUGAAAUUGUUGCGUUCGUUCCCUCCGUCGUACCUCCUCGCCGCGGAUGCGUGAGGUGGCUUUACAAGCAUUUCUCUGCUCCACAGCAUUGAACAGAAUAAUUAUUUUCACGGCUCGUUUUUAUUAGCGUGCGUUUUCCUCUGGGAGAUUUUACACAUUCGCACAUAUAUACGCGCACACGCAAGCAUCAUCGGUUUUUGGUUGUUGUUCGCUUGCUGGGACGGGAGUCCGCGAUCUUGUCUGUGGAGUGUGAUGGAUUCAUCAUCGUAAUGUGUUUGUUUGUGACACGAGGCGGAUUGUGAAAGUUUGUGGCAUUUGAUUUAACAACAGGACGGCGAGCGCCUUGUUGCAUGCAGCGAGUAGUGAGUGAGUCAGUGGUCUUUCCGAACGGAUCUCGCACAAUGCCGUUGUCGUAACACCAUCGUUUUGUUCUGAGCUGACUUGAAGAAGUUUUCACGUGAGGUGGAUUGAGUUCAAAACCAUUUGGGCGACGACGUAAGGAAGCUCUAUUUUGAAUUUUGUUUGAAUAUUCCCCGUCUGAUAUAGAUUCCUACACACAUCUGGAUUUCCUUCGGUACUUCAGCUCUGAGCAUAAAUCUAGAUCUAGAUAGAAAUCUAUGUAUUGUUUCAGUCGUCAUGUAAGUGAACUGCAAGUAGUGAAUGGCUGAUCAUAUUCUCACCCAACUUCUGUAAAAUUGUGGAAUGAUAAUAUAUUUGCGAGUGUAGAUCUACGUUACAGGUAGUCUCCCUUCUAAAUGAGUUCGUUCUACCUGUGGAACAUUUCUCGUAUAGAUCUAUAUAUUCAGCGAGUCACCCAAACUACUUUGUGAUCUCUUCUUUUAUUAGUUGCUGUUCUUCUGCUAUUGAAGCGCAGGCGGAAAGGUGCGGUGCGUUCACAAAGUGCGUGUGAUAUUUCAAUCGUAGGUUAUAUAUAUAUCUAAAUAUAUAGGUUACCCUGUGGCCAAAAUUACACCUUUGGAUUUUGGACUGACGCAUUCACUGCGCUCUGAAUUGACGCGAAUCGCUGGGAAACAUAAACAGACGCCCAAAAAAUUCUGCGCUAAGGCAUGGGAAAGAUACAUACGAGAGUUAUUGGUUCGUUUUGAAGUAUAACUGCCAUGCGAUUGGAUCAAAGGAAGAGAUCGUCGCGCAGGAAAGAAAAAGAACAGAUCCCGAGGAAGUACUGAAGGUGUGUUGACUAGCUCCAUCCCGUGCAACAGCAGAGCGGCGGUGUGUGUGUGUGUGUGUGUGUGUCUGUGUGUCUGUGUGUGUGUGUCCGACACUGACCAUUUUGUCACCGUGAACCGAGGUCAGGGAAGAGUUGAUGGUGUCUGGAUGUGAAGCGUAGGUCGUGGAUGUAGAAGAGUUGAUGGUGUCUGGAUGAGGUCAGAGGAGAGUUGAUGGUGUCUAUAUGUGAACCGUAGGUCGUGAAAGUAGAAGAUGUUGAUGGUGUCUGGAUCUAGAUCUGAAGCGUAGAUCGCGGAAGAAGUAAAAGAUGUUAAUGGUGUGUGGAGGUGAAACGUAGGUCGUGGAAGUGGAAGAUGUUGGACAGCAUGUCGAAUUUCUGCGGCUGGUCACGUGACCCUGGCCUGGGUCUGGGGGCGUGUCGCCCCGUGGUGCUGGAGCCACUGUCCCCGGAACUGACCGCCCAUGACGUCAUGGCCCGCUGGACGUACCCCUGGGACCACGCCCCGCCCGCCGCCCUCCUCAGCAGCCGACUGGCCAAGUACGACCUUCUGGCCGGGGCCCUGUCCAAGUGGGACAGUCAUCACGUCACUUCCAAAUACGACCUGGUGUCCGCCGGCCGGAGACUGACGACCACAGACACUUCCAGCCGGCUGUUCGCACGCCCUUCCUGCCGCCACCAGCAGAGACUCGGACCUCCAGACCCUCCUGGCCUCCACAGGGGUCCUCACGUCAGUGUUCCCGCCUCCCUCCUACCCCCUGGGGCCGGCGCCCGUCGUGUCGUGCCCGGGCCUGGUUGCCAAAGACAGAUACACGGUCUCGACCGUCCCGCGGCUCAGUGGAGCUGGUCUCCCCUCGUCUCACGUAGAUCUAUACCACCAGGCCCAUCACCAUCUGAGGACGGCCGGACUCCAGUUUCUGGACUGGCGACCUGUCGACUCUGUGUUCCCACUGACGACAUCGCUGGUCGACCCCCGCCCUCCGGCCCCCUACCCUCCAGCGGCCAGCGGUGGUGGACUCGACCCCCGACCCCCUGGGUAUGCCUCGCAGUCCGGCAGCGGUGGUGGUGGAGGACUCGACCCUCGACCCCCUGGGUAUGCCUCGCAGUCCGGCAGCGGUGGUGGUGGCGCUGUGGUUGACCUGCGCGCGUCGCCAGGGAAACAGCUUCCGGGCCGCGCCACCAGGCAGGAGCGCCUGCAGCACCGGAGGCAGCUGGUGGGCGUGGCUGGGGGCGGGGCUUCCGGGGAGGCGGAGUCGGAGCAGGGAGAGAACCACGUGAAGAAGUCGACCAGCACACAGACACUGCCCCCCGCCCCUCCCCUCACCUCAGUCCCACCCACUCCCGCCCGGCCCGCAUUCCCACAACUUAUCAUUAUCAUCGUCGUCUUCGUCGUCGUUGUCGCUACCAUCGUCAUCCUCAUCACCACCACCUCCCCACUCCUCAUCGUCUGCCGGAGCAAAAUACCUACACACUUCGUCAUCGUCGUUUUCGUCGUCGUCAUCAAUAUCGUCCCUGGAGCCGAUGUCCAGCCGCCACACGCCCCCGCCCCCUCCUCCCUCGUCCCUCCCCCCCUACCCGACGUCGGCCCAGCGUAGUUCGCCGCCUCAAUACCACGAGCUGUGCCAGCCCCUCAACCUGUCCCUGUCUCACAGCUCCGCCCCCGCCUUGGACCCGCCCACCUCCCGACCCUCGCUCAUCGCCACUUCCUGUUUGUCUCCCCCUGCGGGCGGGCCGGAGUCCCCUUACAAUGGCGCUGUGCACUCGGAAGUCGCGGGGGGUCGGACAACGCUGAGAGAGGGAGGGCCCAACCACGAGAUGGCAGCACAAGUGUCUGAUGAAGCAAUAGAGGAACAUUUCCGUCGCUCACUGGGCACCUGCUACUCGGAAGUUUCCCCGACAAAAGUCGGCUUGACGUUUGAUGUCCCAGAAAAGAAAUGUUCUGUUGACGACCACUUCGCUCGCGCUCUCGGAGACAAGAUGUGGACGGAGCUGAAGGCGAGAUCCGAACCCCAGUCCCUGGACACUCUCCCCGGCUCGGUGGACGCCCACUUUGCCAAAGCCCUGGGCGCGUCCACUUGGAAGAAGCUGAGGGCGGAGACACAGAUGAUUGGCCUUGGCCCACCUCCGGUGCAGCCGCAGCGAGCGCAGCAGCCCCCGCCCGUGGUCCAGACGUCUCCGGCCAGUUCCUCCCUCCACAGACCCCUCGCCACCUAAAGUGUGCUGCGGACUCCGUUAUAACCAAGCUCUGCGGGCGGUGGAGUCUGUUAUAACCAAACUCUGAGAACAGUGGAGUCCGUUAUAACCAAACUCUGCGGACACUAGAAUCCGAGCAGACUCCGUUAAAGCCAAACUAUGAGGGCAGUGGAGUCCUCUUAAACUGAAAUGUGGGACCGCUGCAUUUUUUUUCCGGUUAAUUUGAGUUUCUGAUUUUUAGAGAGGUCGUUGCUCGAAUAGGCUGAAAAAAAAUUGGGGGUUCCAUUUUCAUUUUUCGUUCGGUUGUCAGCUGUUUUUGGAUUAAACGUGUUCAGUUUGAGCGGCUCCACUGUAUAGCGUGAGGACCCUGAUAAAAUAAACAUUGACCUCUUGUGAAUGUGAUGUACACACUUGAGUGUACUUACUCCCCCCCCCCCCCCCCCCAUAGCCAUAAGGAAUAGCCACCUCCCUCCCUUCCCUCCCCGUUGCCGCAGGUGAUUGUGAUUUUGUCCUGAGAAAAAGAGCGAAGGAGCGAGCGAUGCAGAUUGUAGAUGCGAGCAAAAGAUUCAGUGGUGGUGUCCUCAUUUUUGCCAUAAGUCACGUGAACAGCGAAGUUUGAAGCUGGAAGAUUUAUUUAUGCUUCAUAUUAUUAUAUUGUUCUGCAGAUAUUUGAAAAUUUGUGGAUUUCCAGAGGUGAGUUAGCUUUCCUCUGAGUGUUAGGGGCAACCACAUUAUAUAUUUAUGAUGUCAUUAUCAUAUUACUUCAUAGAUUUUAUAUGUAAGAGGAUGGGUGUGGUGGUAUAGUUUAACUGAUUCUGACUCGUGUAUGACUUGCCGUUAGAUCAUGUAUUAUAUCUUUGUGCUCAUCUCUGAUCUGAUGCCCAAUGUUUUGUUUGCUGCCCUCGCCGUGACGACAGAACUACCUUGUUGCUCCCGUCUCGUCAAUCCUGGUCUCUAAACUACAGCAACACGUUCACAUUUCCGCAAUCUUUUUCCAUUCAGUCAUCGUUGUUUUCAUCAGAAAUUUGAAUUUCUUAGACAGUGGCAAUUGUAUAUAAUGUACUUAUUAUUAUAUUGAAAAUGCAAAAUGUACAAGUGAAAUAUUUUUGAGAACUGUAAAAAAAAAAUUGUUGUAUGAUAGUCAAUAAAUGCUGUUUAUUAUUGAAAAAUGAA